AUGACCUUUCCAGACCCUCUGGCCCCAAGAAAGGACACAGGCCCCUUUCCCAGCAGUCUUCACACAGCUGAGAAACAAAGUUUUCCCAGCUAUUGGGCUGAAGGGCCAUGUACCCUGAACAAACCUACAGUCAAGACCAAACCCACAGCUGCUGACCGUGAACUUCCGGGUGUCACUCACACAGCUUGUCACGCUCUUGAGCAGUCCCCCCACUUUCUCCACAACCCACCAUUUGCUUCUCUGCUCUCACAUCGGACAGACAAGUGCCCUGAGAUUCCUCAGGGCCUGGCCUGGUGCCUCCAUGCCACAGAGCCUCAUUGCUGGCAGGUGCCAUCCUUGGAAGAGGCUGAGUGCUGCCUUCAUCAGGACCUGCCUGCUCACCACACGCCAUUGGCAGGACAUCUACUAAGGUCUUCACCUCGUCCAUAUAAGUAUUGUGUGUGUCACUUCCUGUUCUUGCUGCAUAAAGAUGGAUCCAGGUCACAAGGGUCAUUGCCAUCCUCACGGAGGGCCACCCCAUGGUCAUGGUCCAGGACACUGUCCUGGGGGACACCACCCUCCAGGACCUCCCCAUGGCCCAGGACACUGUGGCCCACACCCUCCCCCUGGCCCAGGACACUGUGGUCCACCCCCUCCCCAUGGCCCAGGACACUGUGGCCCACCCCCUCCCCAUGGCCCAGGACACUGUGGUCCACAUCACUGAGAAAUCAGAAGAAAUGAGAACACAAGAUGAGGAGUCUGCAUAGAACCUUCUCGCUGACCCGGCCUCCAGCUCUAAGCCAGAAUUUUUCCUUCCAAAUAAAUAGCCUCUUAGAGGUCAUGUUUGCUCUC